AUGCCAAAACCAAACUUUUUCAGAAGAUUGUUGGGCAAAAAAGAACGGGAUGAAUCUGAUGAAUACGAGGAGGUAAAGUUUUUUACUGUCACUUGCUUAUGUUAGUAGGAUUUUGAAGAGUUUUACUUGGAAAAACAAGUUUAAAGGUUUUAAGUAGAAAAAAAAUCAAAUUUUGGGUAUUUUUUUUGAAAAAUCAGCUUCAAUAUUUAUAAGAAAAGCUAUGAAUUUUAAACUCAAAAACAUUGUUUUUCGCAUUUUUUUUGUAAAAUACGAUAUACUUAGUAAAUUCAUUUACAAAUUAUUAUUCUAGGACCAACCCCAUCAUUCCCGUCGCCGCACCACCCAUCGAGUAAAUCAAAGUUUUAUGAUGCCAGAACGAAGCGAGAACUAUUCCCGAGAAAUCAACCCAUAUCACACGAAUAAGGUCGUACAGUAUCGAAAAGGCACCAGAAGUUGUGUCGCUGGGCGUCUCGACGAUCCCACCUCGGAUUCGGAUGAAGAUGCCGCUUCAGUCCAUACCGAAGUCAAAAGCUAUCGUUCAUCGAAACGACACGGAAAGAGCGGUCGAAAAGUAAUGGACGUCGAGGAGAGAGUGCCGAAACAAUACCUGAGAGAGAUGCAUGUUAAUCACCGUGCGCAGCGUAGAGAGUUUUUGGAUGAUGAAGUUGCGUGGGGACAGAAUAGAAUUGAGGUAAGGUUUAGAAGGUUUAAAAAUGUUUUUUUGGUUGUACUGGAAGUUUUUGUAGAUGUACUGGAGAGGAUAAACAGAAAGUUUUUACACAAAUUGUAAAAAGGUAUUGAUUUGACAUUUUAUUGGCGGGAAAAUGGUCAAGAUGUCCAGAGAAUUAAAAAAAAAGUUAUUUUAAGAAGCCCGAUUUGAGUCAACAGAAUUUUAAAGUUCCUAGUAGCUUGUAUAAAAAGUAAUGAGCUAGUGAAUUCCACCUCGCUAUAAAAAUCGUUAUUUAUUAUGUUUAAAAGAAUAUUUAUGCUAUUCUAAGUAUGUUAUGAAUACAAUAUUAAUAAAAAACGAAUUUUAGCAAUUGGAAAAGAAGGUAGAAACAACCUCGGAUCAGCUAUACAGAAUGACAAACAAAUGGAUGUACGAAAAUAACCGUUAUAACGAGUUGAAUGACAAGUAUCAUAGAAUCAAAGAGAAAUACAUCUUACUGAAACAAAAGCACGAGGAUUUGGUAGGUUUUAAAAUUUAUCUACUAUGUUUUUGAUUUUUUUUGGGGCGGGGGCGUAAAAAUUUGUUUGGGCUGAACUAUGUAUUUUAAAAACAAAUAGAUCUGAAAGUCUACUAGGCCCGGCUUUGGCUUGUGCUAAACUAGGCCGGGCUGAGUUGUCCCUUCCUUAUUUACGGCACAGAAUUUUUAUCAUCAAUGAUUAACCCAAUAAUAAUCAUGCCAUUUCAGCAGAACAGUAUGAUAAUGCAUCAGCCUCUCCAACCACCUCCCUUCAUGAAUCCUCAAAUUCAAGGCACUCCGAACAGCUACAACUUCUCACUAAUGAAUCAGCGCUCUGCUAGUCUACUAACCAGCCCAGUCCGACCAAUGCCUCCUCAUAUACCUAACUUGAGCAAAUUUGAAGGCGAAAUGGAUGAAGUCAAGCACUUCCGAGGUGCGUCAGGUGGAGCUCGAGAAACGUUGAUGAGCGAAGCCAGUACCUCGAGAGUCUCGAAUCCAUCGCCAGCUCCAGAAGUGGCACGAACUGAGAGUUUGAUGAGUAUCGAGAUUGAAACUCCGGAAAUUCCGGCCGAUGAUGAAUAUAAUGAUAAGGAAUUCAAUAACUUUAAAGUGCCGAAAGGCAGAAGUUGCCGUACUAAUGAGUAUGAAGUGCCACGAAGCUCACGAGCUGUGAUUCAUCUUGAUACCGCUAGAGGGCAGUUGGAUAUGACUACUGGGAGGGAAGCUAUGGCUGAUGAUACCUUCUCUAGAAGGUCAGAAUCCACUUCAAGAAGGCAAGAAGCUAUUUCAAAAAGACUAGAUAAAACAUCAGCAGCUCUAGAUGAAACUGAACCUUUUGAAGAUUUCAAAGAAAAUUUUAAAGCAGCAAAGAUUGUGAAAAAAGAACGCCAAGACGAGGGCUACAGCACAGAAGAAGCCCAACGAUCUAUCAAAGCCUUUGAUGUAUCCAUGUUUAGACAAAACAAAGUACCACGCAAAAUCAUGAGGGCUAGUAGUCGAUGA